AAGAAAAAAAAAAAAGGGAAAAAAAGGCCUCACGCGGCCUACACAUCUCUGCGGUAUUCCACCGUAAUCGGCGGCCGCCUCGAGCAUUCGGGUGCCAUCCAAAACCGAACGCGAUGGCGAGAACGGCGCGGCUGCUGGCGGCGGAGGACCCGCCGGCCGCGGAGAGGUCCCGCCCCGCGGCGGGUUCCGGGCUCCGCUCCCUCUCCAGCGCCGCCUCCGGGCUGUGGGACCGGCUGUCGGUCAUGGGCAGCGGCGCCUCCAAGCUCGAGAAGGCCCUCGGCGAUCACUUCCCCGAGGGCGAGCGCUACUUCGGGCUCGAGAACUUCGGCAACACCUGCUACUGCAACAGCGUCCUGCAGGCACUUUAUCAUUGCGUUCCUUUUCGGGAGCAAUUGCUGGAAUAUUAUGCAACCUACAGAAAUAAAGAAGACACUGAGGAUAAUUUGAUGACCUGUUUGGCUGAUCUUUUUGCACAGAUUACCCUGGCAAAGAAAAGGACUGGUGCUCUUGCACCAAAACGUUUUGUUCAAAGGGUGAGGAAACAGAACGAAUUGUUCAGAAGUUAUAUGCACCAGGAUGCCCAUGAAUUCUGGAGUUUCUUAUUGAAUGAGAUUGUUGAUAUUCUGGAAGAAGAUUGUAGAACAGCAAAUAGUUCUCCUGAGACCACAACCCCUGAAGAGGUUUCAAAUGGGGCAGUCAAUGCUUUACCAAAUGGAGCCAGAGAAGGACCAUUAGUUACAUUGGUACACAGGAUUUUUCAGGGCAUUUUGACCAAUGAAACCAAAUGCCUAACGUGUGAGACUGUCACAGCAAAGGAUGAGAUAUUUAUUGAUUUGAGCAUUGACAUUGAACAGAAUAGUUCACUUACAAGCUGUCUGAAGAACUUCUUUUCCACUGAGAUAUUAAAUGGCGAUGAUAAGUUCUUCUGUGACAAAUGCUGCAGUUUGCAAGAAGCACAGAAGAGAAUGAAGAUAAAGAAGGCACCGCACAUAUUGGUGAUCCACUUGAAGCGCUUCAAGUACGUCGAGCAGCUUAGUCGGCACAAGAAGCUGUCCUACCGAGUGGUAUAUCCCCUGGAGCUGAAGCUGGGUAGCAUCUCUGAAGACGCUGACUGCGAGUACUCGCUCUUUGCCGUCGUAGUCCACGUCGGGAGCAGCCCCAACCAUGGGCACUACGUAAGCCAAAUUAAAAGCCAUGGUAACUGGUUGUUUUUCGACGAUGACACCGUCCAGAUCAGCGAGGAAUCCACCCUGCAGACAUUCUAUGGCUCUUCACGGGAACAUUGUGGCAACACGGAUCAUGGCUACAUCUUGUUCUAUGAGCGCCUUGGUGGGAAGAGCUAGGAACGAGAACUUGGCAUUUCUCCACCUGUUCCCUUCCCUUGGAUCUGAUGGGAUUACAGGUGUGUUAUUUGGCCUGUUAUCUCCAUUGAGGUUCAGUAUAAUCGACGGGUGGUGGUACCGUGGGCUGAGGUAGUUUGAUGCACCGGAAGGAUGGGAACCCUGAUUUUAUGUGUGUAAAUAAUAGUUUCUUAUACCGCAGUUUAUUCAUUUAUUAAUAAAGACCUCUUACAGAGAAUAUGUACAUUAACAAAUAUACAAAUAUAUACAUAUGACAACGUUUCUAGGGAGACGAAAGGUAAUCUUGCUGAUGAGAUUCUCUAUUUCUUUGUUAAGGUGUUCGGGAACAUAUGAUGUA